AUGUCUGACAUCACUGAUAAGACUGCUGAACAAUUGGAAAAACUAAAUAUCCAAGAUGAACAACCAGCUGCUACCCCAGCCACCACUGCUAUUGAAGCUGAAAGCCCAAAUGUGGAAAAUGUUACUGCCUCUUUAUACGUUGGUGAAUUAGAUCCAUCCGUCUCUGAAGCCUUAUUGUACGAUAUCUUUUCCCCAAUUGGUUCUGUAUCAUCCAUCCGUGUUUGUCGUGAUGCUAUUACCAAGACUUCCUUAGGUUAUGCUUAUGUCAACUUCAAUGACCACGAAGCUGGUAAGACUGCAAUUGAAAAGUUGAACUAUACCGCUAUCAAAGGUAGACCUUGCCGUAUUAUGUGGUCUCAACGUGAUCCAUCUAUGAGAAAGAAGGGUUCCGGUAACAUCUUUAUUAAGAACUUACACCCAGAUAUUGACAACAAAACUUUAUAUGAAACCUUCUCCGUCUUUGGUAACAUCUUAUCCUGUAAGAUUGCCAAUGAUGAAACUGGUAAAUCUAAAGGUUUUGGUUUCGUUCAUUUUGAAAAUGAAGAAGCUGCUAGAGAAGCCAUUGAUGCCAUUAAUGGUAUGUUAUUAAAUGGUCAAGAAGUUUACGUGGCUCCACAUGUUUCCAAGAAAGAUCGUCAAUCUAAAUUAGAUGAAGCAAGAGCUAACUUCACCAACGUUUACGUUAAGAAUUUGGAUCUUGAAGCCACCGAAGAAGACUUUGAAAACUUAUUCAAGCCAUACGGUACUAUUACCUCUGUUGCUUUAGAAAAAGAUGCUGAAGGUAAAUCUAGAGGUUUCGGUUUCGUUGAUUUUGAGAAUCAUGAAGAUGCCGUUAAAGCUGUUGAAGCUUUGAACGACACUGAAUACAAGGGUCAAACUUUGUAUGUUGGUAGAGCUCAAAAGAAAUAUGAACGUUUACAAGAAUUAAAGAAACAAUACCAAGCCUCUAAGUUAGAAAAAUUAGCUAAAUACCAAGGCAUUAACUUAUUUAUCAAGAACUUAGAUGAUUCCAUUGAUGAUGAAAAAUUAAAGGAAGAAUUUGCCCCAUUCGGUACUAUUACUUCUGCCAGAGUCAUGAGAACUGAAAAUGGUAAAUCUAAGGGUUUUGGUUUCGUCUGUUUCUCUACUCCAGAAGAAGCUACUAGAGCUAUUACUGAAAAGAACCAACAAAUUGUUGCUGGCAAACCAUUAUAUGUUGCUAUUGCUCAAAGAAAGGAUGUAAGACGUUCCCAAUUAGCUCAACAAAUUCAAGCUAGAAACCAAAUGAGAUACCAACAAGCCACCGCCGCUGCGGCUGCGGCUGCGGCUGGUAUUCCUGGCCAAUUUAUGCCACCAAUGUUCUACGGUGUAGUUCCACCAAGAGGUAUGCCAUUCAAUGGUCCAAACCCACAACAACUGGGCGGUAUGCCACCACAACAAUUCAGAAAUGGUCCAGCUUAUGGUAUGCCACCACCACAAGGUGGUUUCCCAAGAAAUGACAACCAAUUCUACCAACAAAAACAAAGACAAGCUUUAGGUGAACAACUUUAUAAGAAGGUCUCUGCCAAGACUUCUGAUGAAGAAGCUGCUGGUAAAAUAACUGGUAUGAUCUUGGACUUGCCAGCUCAAGAAGUUGUUCCGUUAUUAGAAAAUGAUGAAUUAUUUGAACAACAUUUCAACGAAGCUUUUGCUGCUUAUGAAUCUUUCAAACAAGAACAAGCUCAACAAGCUCAACAACCACCUGCCCAACAAUAA